AUGAAGCUGUCGAGGCGAAACCAGGUGAAGGACAGGACGACCACCACCUCCACCAGCAGCAGCAGCAUCAGCACCGCGGCCGCCAAUAGUUCAAGCAUGAUGCAACCGUCGCAGGCGUUCCUCACCUUCGAACAGAGAAUCUGUCACGAGAGUUUUGUCCGAGGUCGCACGUGCGCAUCGUUCUUAUGUGUUCGCAUUGGUCGUUGUUCGGUCACCAGUGGAGGUUCGGCGAAAGUCGUGACGGAAGAACAGUAG